AUGACACUAAACAUCCCAACGCGUGAACACGAACUUGAGUCGUAUGGCAUGCUGGCGUUAAACGGAUAUAUCCGGCGUGUUGUGGAGACAGUCGACGGAGCCGGGAUAUGGGAUGAUGCUGACGGUAAGAAGCUGGAGACAUUCGCGGCAUCAGAGAACGCCGCAGCCCUUUAUAUUGCAAAAAUCGCCGAUGGAGAAGAAGGGGCAAACUUUAAGAUCUUGGACAGUUUGGAGGCUUUCCCGGAAGGAAUUGCUGCGCUACUAGCGGUGAUGAAACGUCCCGGAGUAUUGAUAGACGGUGAAAACCUUGCCAGCAUGGUUUCAGUUGUCGAGGUGCCUAUGGGGGCCAACGUUUCGACUUAUGAGACACUCACAUCAAUGAUUCGGUCAGUGGUAGGCCCUAUCUUCGAGGCUUCAGCUACAGAAAAGACACAGAAAAGCUCAAACUAUACAACAGCUCGGCAGAAACUAGCCGAAUUAGAGCUCUCGUUGGUGAACCUCCAACAUCACCAAGAAGUAGAGUUUGUCGAGCUGGAUAUACCGACUGUUUCGGGUAACACUGAUACAGAAACUCUGAACUCACUGCAAAAUGUUGUGAAUGGCUGGAAGCGUACUGCUCAAAGUGUUGCUGCUACGGAUCGUGAUGUUGCAAGUGGAUCAACCAGCGAGGAAGUGCAUUUUUGGCAAAGUAUGGAGACUGCAUUGACCCAUUUACAAUCCCAACUCGAGACUGAUGAUGUCAAAGCGGUAUUAUCAGUACUGGAACAAGGCAAACGGUUCCACGCGACAGUUAAUUUCCUGUCCAACACUGGCCUUCCGGACGCACUGGACAAAAUCCAGAAAUACAAUACCUUAUUACGGGACUUACCACUCAAUGAUCUCCUUACAGCAUCUUCAGUUAAUGCUAUUCCAUCAGCGCUUGAUGCUAUAUUCACUCAUAUCUCGAAACGGUUACGAGCCUCUAAUUAUCCUGUCUGGAGGUGCCUCAUGCUGGUUGAGACCAUUUCGGGAGAUUUGGUUACAGUUUUACGCCAGACAACGGGGUCUUUACUGGGAAAACCUCUAGUGGAUUUUCAAAUGCGGACAACUGCCCUUCGUAAAGUUUUUUCUACUUGGGAUGACCAUGUUCGCGACUUUACAACAUUGGCACGAGAUGUUAUUCGAAAACGAGGAGAAAAAUUCAUUCCUGUUCGUAUAAAGUCCCGUCAUGCUCUGCUCAAAGAACGUAUCGAGUACAUUGAGGCUUUCCGCCAACGACAUGGAGAGCUUACUUCAACGUUGGAAGAAGUGUCCAAGAACGACCGCGAGUUGCGUAGCCUGGAUUUAGCUGGCAAGUUAGAGAAAGCCUACGAAAAGCUUGCUGCGGUCGACGUGCUUGAAAAUUCAACGGCGUCCACAGCUGAGUGGGCCGUUGCAGAAAAAGAAUACGAUUCAGCAGCCGCUCGAGCUGAGAGCGACGUAGCUCAAGUUCUGCGAGCACGAUUGGGGGCUUCAUCUUCUGCACAAGACAUGUUUGGCGUUUUCGAUCAGUUCAAUGCAUUAUUCGGUCGUCCAGCCAUUCGUGGUGCUAUUCAAGAAUACCAAGCUGUGCUACUCGAGCGGGUAAAAGCCGAUAUUAGCGAGCUCCAGAAAAGGGCAAGCCGUAAAGAAGCUCUCACGGCUGCUGUCUCAAGCGGAAAGCUUCGAGAUAUUCCCAGGCUUGCUGGUCUUGUUUCCUGGAUGUCUCAGGUGGUUGCUCGUUUGGAUACACUACUUGCGCGCGUUGGCUCAGUCCUUGGCCCAGAGUGGCGCUACUAUGCUGACGGAGAGCGUUUAUAUACCGAUUGUGAAACAUUUCGUGCUCAAUUCGACCCUAAACGUGUUGUUAAUGAAUGGGUAACUUCCUUGUCAUCAUUAAAACUGGCUGGACCAGUUCUGGUAGCCACGCGUGGUAGGCUUUCAGUCAAUCUUGACCGCCAACUAUGGAAUCUUCACAGAGAAAUUAAGAUGUUGCGAACUCUCCGACUGCCCGUGCCCCAUCAGGUUCUUGCUCUUUCCAGCGAUGUCUUGGUGGUAUAUCCUACGGCUGUUCGUCUCAAUGAGUGCAUCAAAUCAUUCUACAUCGUAGACAAACUCAAAUCUCCUGUGAGGUACUUGGUUACUUCUUAUUUUAAUGCCACUUAUGAAUUAUUUGAGGAGCUGAUCAACUUACAGUGGCAGGAUUUUUUGGGCAUUGACGAGCGUCCCACGUCUCUGGCUGCAAAGUUAGAUCGGGCAGUGUCCCAACUCGAAGCACAAGCGUACCAGGCGCAAGUAUCUCAUGCCCGAGUAACACAGCUCAUUUCUGAUCUAGAGUCUUGCGAAUAUAACAAAGAGGAGUUUGCCAGAAUUCUUUCCGCAAUUUCACAAGAGAUAAUUGGAGCGCCUGAUUCAUAUGUGGAAGAGGUUGAAAAAAUGUCAAAUGCUGUAGUCGAACAGCGGUCUCGUGAAGCGAUCAAGACUUUGAUGGCCAAUAUGCCUCCGCAACAUCAUCGCAUCAGCCUUGUUGAUCAGACUGUGAACGUAUCGCCUACUUUAGAAGACACCUUAGAGACAUGGUAUUCAAAGCUCAGAGAAAUUAUCAAUGUUGCAGGGAAUGAUGCUGAUAUUGAGGCUGUUGGUGAAGCAAUUUCGGAAAUAUUAUCGAACUAUCGUGCUGCUUCAUCUUAUCUUUCACAGUGGCUCGACUUUCAGUCUUUGUGGGAUUUAAAGCCAGAAAGAGUUUUUGAGGAGCUUAAGAGUGACAUUCAAGUUUGGUUGCAAGCGCUAGAGGAAAUUCGACAGGCCCGUACCGAUCUUGAACGCGGCGGAGGUGAGAGGAAGUUUGGCACUUUCAUCGUUAACUUUUCGCAAGUUUAUUGGAUUAUUAGCUCCAAGUAUGACAUGUGGCAGAAUAAUCUGACUCAAAGAUUUGGUGAACUCGUUGCUGAAUGGUCGGAACUAUUCGCUACCUCACUUAAAACUCCCAGAGUUGCUCUUGAAUCUCUGGUCAUUAGUGACACACACCCUGAGGCUGUAUCUCGAUCAAUAAAUACAAUCAAAUUGGCAAAGGAGGCUAUUGGAGACAAUGCGAGUUCAAAAUUGUCUUACUUGCGUAAAUCCCAAGUUCUUUUAGCGCGACAUCGAUUCAACUUCCCGUCAAACUGGGUUUAUACUGAGCAACUUAACGAUGAUUGGACUGAUCUGCACACUCUGUUGAUUGCCCGUGAAUCUGAAUUCGCAUCCGCUCGCGAUUUAUUACGAACAGGCACUCAGCAUGAGUUGCAGAGGCUGAGCCGCCACGUUACAGAGCUCCUAAGUCAGUGGGCAUCUGGGAAACCUAUCUCUGGGUCAACCAAACCAGAAGAUGCACUGUACGCUCUUUCGAAGUUUGAUGAUUCAGUGAAAAAGUAUUCACACACUCGCGACCUUGUUUAUCAAGCGUGCGAGGAGUUUGAUGUGAUGUUCGAUGUUCCCAGUCUUGACGACGUGGCUGAGGAAAUCUCUGAUUUUAUUACAGUUUGGAAAGCUAUUGACUCUGCAUGGGGUGAGCUUCGGAGUCUUGAAAAUACAUCGUGGGAUACCGUCAAGAGCCGUGCCGUUCGGUCGACUCUUAAAUCUCUAGUAGAGCAAACCCAGGAAAUGCCUGCUCGUGUGCGGCAAUAUGCUGCGUUCCAGCAUCUUCAGAACGUACUGCGCCAGCGUAUUGAAACUUCGGAUCUCAUUCAACGCUUGUUAUCACCUUCAAUGCAACCACGCCAUUGGAGGGAGCUGGGCUCGGUCCCAAGCGUUUUAGGUGAUGUUUGGGAUCUUGAUCUUUUCGUCAAUCGUAAUAAAGUUGAGGAACUACUAGAGGCAGUUGAGGGUGAGGCUCGACUUUCUGACUAUAUCUCAGAAGUUGCUGAUUUUUGGUCCAAGUUCAAACUACAGCUCGUCCCGCUUCGCCAAAUGAAGCUUAUCAAAAACUGGAGCGAAAUCUUCAACCAUAUUGACGAACACCUUCAGUCUCUCGCUACAAUGCACCACUCACCACACUUUGCAGCUGUAGUUUCUGCCUGCAAUGAGUGGGAACUUAAGUUGGCUGGACUGAAAGCUUUAUUUGAUACCUGGAUCGAAGUGCAGCGCGAUUGGGUGUACAUGGACGGCGUAUUCAACGCACCAGAAUUGCGCCAAGUUCUGCCCAUUGAGACCACAAAGUUCAACUCUGUCAACGCUGAGCUAUUUGCUAUUCUACGUCUAGUUAUGCGGUCAGAUCGUAUUCUUGAUGUCGCUGCUAUUCCUGGUAUUCAUGAGAGCAUUGCUAGAUUGUCAGAGCAGCUUCGAAAAAUCCAGCGUGCACUCGGUGAAUACUUUGAGCGCGAGCGUCAACGAUUUCCCCGUUUCUAUUUUGUGGGUGACGAUGAUUUAUUGGAGAUGAUAGGCACGCCACAUAGCUGCGAGCGCCACUUGUCCAAAAUGUUUGCAGGCAUCUCCUCAUUCUUAAGAAACAAUGCACAGAUUGUUGGUGUCGUCUCGCCACAAGGUGAGGAACUUAUGUUUGCAGAAAGUGUGUCGGGUGAUUCUGCCGCUUCGAUUUUGCAGGAAGUCGAGCAAAAGUCAAUGGCCGCACUUCAACGAGCCACCCGAGAGGCACUUGACACAAUAGACUGGACAAAUCUUGCGGCCUGGCUUGAAAAGUUCCCUAGUCAGGCUACGCUCUUGGCUAUGCAGCUUUCGGAACCCCCUGCAUUUGAUGCAGUAUUGUCUCAGUUGGCCGAGAUAGCUGGAAAGAGUCAAUCUAUGUCUACGCUUGCUCGCCGUAAGCUUGAAGCAGCCAUUACGCUACUUGUUCAUCUACAGAAAUCUGGCCGUCAACUGAUGUAUAGGUGGGGCGACGCUGACACAGUUUCGGUAACAUUCUACGGUGCAACCUUUGAUUACGGCUUUGAGUAUCAAGGUGUUCCAGAUGCACUUGUGCGCACGGAGCUUGGUGACGAAUUGUUCUUAACAUUGACACAAGCACUUGCCCAAAAACAAGGUGGUGCACCAUUUGGUCCGGCAGGAACAGGUAAAACCGAAAGUGUCAAGGCACUGGGUCAAGCUCUUGGCAAAUAUGUGCUAGUUUUUUGCUGCGAUGAGACAUUUGAUGUUCGCGCAGUGUCUCGUCUCCUGCUUGGUAUUUGUCAAGUUGGUGCUUGGGGCUGUUUCGAUGAGUUCAACCGACUCAAUACUACCGAUCUAAGCGCAGUUUCAUCGCAGGUAGCCGAGAUUGAAUCUUCUCUCGCCCAUGGUCGUGAAUCUAUUGAACUGGGUGGUCGCCGGGGCGCACUAAGUCCCCAAACAGGCCUGUUCGUUACUAUGAACCCCAACUAUGCCGGCCGUAAUGCACUCCCUGAAAACCUGCGUAAACAAUUCAGAUCUUUUGCACUGACACAUCCCGAUAAAAAGCGUAUUGCCGAGGUUAUGCUCUAUGCGCAGGGCUUCACACAAGCUGGAUUUAUUGCGUCUGCUAUCGUUCCUCUAUUUGAAAAUAUAGCAAGGAAUUUGAGCGUGCAGAGGCAUUAUGAUUGGGGACUACGUGCUUUAAAGAAUGUUCUUCGCAUCUGUGGAAUGCUUAAAACCGUUGAACCAACAGAAUUAGCUGCUGUGCGCAGAGCGUGUGCCGAGACUUUAGCACCGAAACUAGUUUCGCAAGAUUUGGAGAUAUACAAUGCUCUUGAGCAGGAGGCAUUUGGAGGUGAUAAGCCUAAGCUUUCUGUUCUCGAUAUUUCAGAAGCUGCGCGGAAGUUGAAUCUCACACCGUCAGAUGAGCUUGCCUUGAAAGUGACACAACUAAAAAGAUUCCUAGAGCUACAAAUUGGUGUUAUUCUGGUAGGCCCCCCUGCAUCGGGAAAAACCUCGUCGUUGCGUUGUCUCUCUAAAGUCUUGAAUGCAGAAAUCUACACGAUAGACGCCAAAGUGAUAAGCAAAUCGGAAUUGUAUGGUCGUUUGGAUCCAGUCACUCGUGAAUGGACAGAUGGCCUAUUUACUUACCUUCUAAGGCGUGUGAUCAAUAACCUCAGAGGUGAGGAUCGUAACGAACACUGGGUUGUGUUUGAUGGCGAUGUUGAUCCUGAAUGGGCUGAGAAUCUGAACUCAGUGCUUGACGAUAACAAAAUUUUAACCCUGCCAAGUGGUGAACGUCUUCAAGUGCCAUCGAACUUUCGUAUUUUGUUCGAGGUUGCAGACCUAGCAGCUACUACGCCUGCUACCGUGAGUAGAUGCGGUAUUAUUUGGCACGGGGAACGCAAUGAGCUAGACACAACUGGGGUCGCAUCCGAAGCGAUGAAGCUUAAUCAUAUCAUGGGAUUUUCUUCUAUUCAGGCAGAAAAAAGCUACAAUGCAAUGUACAACGUGCUUAGCGAAAAGUCGGAUGUUCCAGAGUAUCUUGAGAAAGCUAAAAUCUUGGCCCUUACCUGGGCAUUUGCGGGACAGUGUUCAUCAAUGGAAAGAGCAGAAUUCGCCAAAUGGGUGGCUGCCAAGAACGGCGUAAAUACUCCAGAAAACGUUCUCGAGUACGAGGUAUCACCUUUCUCUGGACAGUGGGUAUCACUGCGGGACAGCGUAGAUGAAGUUGAUCUUGAGCCCAGCUCUAUCGUCGAACCAAAUCUUGUCAUCCCAACGAUUGAUACAGUUCGAUUGGAGAAACUUCUUCUGCAGCUUUUAACAUCUCAUCAGCCGGUGAUUUUAUGUGGUCCACCGGGCAGUGGAAAAACAAUGACACUUUUGAGUUGUUUGAGGGGGUCUGAGCUGAUGGAUGUCGUCCCGUUGAACUUUAGUAAAACUACCAGGACAUCUCAGAUCAUAAGUACACUCGAGCAGCACUGUGUUUAUUCGAAUACACCUGACGGGAUGAUCCUUGAGCCAGCUGUGAUCGGCCGUUGGAUCGUGUUGUUCUGCGAUGAAAUCAACCUGGUAGCCCGGGAUCGCUUUGGUACACAAGCUCCUAUUGCAUUACUGCGUCAACUUACGGAACACGGUGGGUUUUGGCGCGGUCAUCGAUGGGUCAGCUUGCGUAGGAUCCAAUUUGUUGGCGCCUGCAACCCGCCCACUGACGCUGGACGGAUUCCUCUAAGUCCACGGUUCUUGAGGCACUGCACGAUAAUAAACGUGGGAUAUCCGACCUUACCAUCCCUGAAGCAAAUUUAUGGUGUCUUCAGUAGUGCAGUGCUUAAAUGUGUACCUGAACUGCGUGGUACAGCUACUGGACUAUCAGAUGCGAUGCUCGAGAUCUACGUUAAUUGUGCGGAAUCUCCUUUCUCAGAGAAUUAUGUAUACUCUCCACGUGAACUUACACGUUGGGUCCGUGGUAUCUACCAUGCUAUCACGGAUCAGUACGACCUAAGUUUAGACGAGCUCGCACGUGUAUGGGCCUAUGAGGGCCUAAGAGUAUUUUCUGACCGUUUGCGAACAAAUGAGGAGCGUGAUUGGACUAUUGAAAAGAUAACACAAGCUGCGAAAACCCAUUUUGGAACAUCUGAUUUGGCAUUACCACUACUCUUUAACCGUUGGCUUUCCCGCAAGUCACAGAACAGCAGCCGUAAGGCCCUCACAGAGUUCCUUCAGGCGAGAAUGACUGUGUUUGCCGAAGAAAUCGUAGACAUGCCUUUGACACUAUUCGAUGAGUCUGUCGAGCACGCUUUACACAUCGACAGAGUGCUAAGACAAGCGCAGGGCCAUUUGAUUUUGGUGGGAGCUAGUGCGAGCGGAAAAGCAACACUUGUGCGGUUUGUUUGCUGGAUGGAUGGAAUCGCCACCUACCAGUUGAAGACUUUCAAUGGUUACGGGGAUGCUGAGUUCAGCUCAGACCUACGAACAGUCCUUCGGAGUGCUGUGGCUGCACCUAUCUGCUUGUUGUUAGAUGAGUCUCAACUGAAAGACUCAGCCUUUAUUGAGAAAAUGAACACAUUAUUGGCCAAUGGUGAGGUUCCUGGACUUUUUGAAGGAGACGAGAUGGCUUCGUUGCUUUCCGUUUGCAGAUCUUCAGGCGCGACUGGCGAUGACGAAGAUGUUCUGCGCUGGUUUACAGCACGCAUCACCUUACACCUUCAUGUUGUGUUCACUGUGGGCGCAUCUUCAUCGCUACUAGCAUCACCUGCUCUGGUAAAUCGCUGUGUUUUGAAUUUCAUGGGGGAUUGGUCGCAGCCGUCGCUUCUACAGGUGGCUGAGGCGCGGACUUUUCUUUACGAUGCGGCACGUGAAACUCCAUCUGCAAUGGUUUCAAUUCAUGGAAUUGCCAGCCAACACCUCCAGGUCUCGCCCGGUCACUUUAUCGCUUUUAUCAAUCUAUUCUGCAAGCUUUAUGCUAUGAAGAAAGGCGAGCUCGAGGAGGACCAGAGGCAUUUCAAUGUGGGUAUCGAUCGACUGAAAGGCACAAUGCUUGAAGUACGAAAGAUGCGAACAAGACUUGCCUCGAAGCAAGAGGAGCUUGCAGUGAAGCAAAAGAGUGCGAAGCAGAUGCUCCAACGUAUGCUUGCUGAACAGUCCGAAGCAGAGCGGAAGCGUGAGGCCAGUAUUGAGAUUCGUGCUGCGGUAGAGGAGCAAAAUAAGGUGAUUCAGGAGCAGCAGGAGCAGGUCUAUGCAGACUUGCAACGCGCUGAACCAGCUGUGAGAGACGCCCUCCAGGGUGUUUCCAGCAUCAAAAAGCAACAUCUAAAUGAGCUUCGAGCGUUUACAAACCCGCCAGAAGCUGUGAAAAUUACUCUUGAAGCUGUAUGCGUGUUACUCGGUAGGACACCGUCUUCUUGGCGAGAGGUUUUGCAGCAUGUUCGCAGUGACGAUUUUAUCGCCAAUAUUGUGCGUUUCGAUAAUGAACGUCAAGUAACCCCGCAGAUUCUUCGACAGCUUCAAAAGUAUUUGGAUCUUCCAAAUUUCAACUAUGAGGCUGUGAAUCGAGCGUCAAAAGCCUGUGGGCCACUUUUGCAGUGGGUGUUAGCCCAAGUUGCGUAUGCUACUGUAUUACGGCGAGUCGAACCUUUGAGAAGGCAGGUCACUGAGCUCGAAAAAGCCGCCAGGGAGAAACAAGCUCAAGAGGCUGCAAUUAAUGAGAUGAUUGAUGAGCUUGAACGUAGCAUUGAGCAAUACGAAACUGAUUAUGCGGCCCUAAUUGUAGAAGCACAGGCUGUAAAACAAGACAUGGAAGCUGUCGACAGUCGUAUUAGCCGCAGUGUGGAUCUAAUUGCCAGUCUAGACUCAGAAAAAACUCGCUGGGGAGAAUCAGUAAAGCAGUUCACUGCUGUUAGACAGCGCCUUCUCGGCGACUGUCUGGUUUCUGCCGCGUUCGCGGCUUAUGCUGGAGCACUAGAUCAAAGGCGUCGAAUUGAGCUAAUUGAUGAGUGGCUGCUCGUCUGCGAAGGCAAUUCGAUUGCCUUUACAGAGGGCAUUGAUAUUGCGACAUACCUCACCGGCAAACCAUCAUUUGGAGAUGCUCUAACUGUUGCGAAUGCAGCUAUUUUGGCUAGGUGUGAUCAGUACGCAUAUGUUAUUGAUCCCACUGGCGAGCGUGCUCUGCAAAUUAUACGCGAUCAGCAUCCCCAAGUUGUAGUUACUUCUUUCAAUGAUGCGGCAUUCCAAAAGCACGUGGAAAGUGCGUUAAGGUUUGGAACUGCUGUGGUUAUAACGCAUGCAGAAUCUUUCGAUCCAUUGGUUAUGCCUAUCAUCAACAAGGAGUAUACACGCCGAGGAGGACGUGUACUGGUUGAGUUUGCGAACAUUGAAGUUGAUGUUAGCCCCAAGUUCACACUCUUCCUGCUUACAUCUGAUGCCCAGAUAUCUCCUCCUGAGCAUUUAUCUGCUCGAACUACAAUGGUGAACUUCACUGUCACUCGUAACAGCUUGGAACUUAUUGCACUCGAAAAAUCUCUGGACUCACACCGGCCUGAACUUCAAAAGAAAAGAACUGAGCUAGUCAAGGCUCGCACAGAGUAUCAGGUCAAGCUUCAUGGCUAUGAAGUUCAGCUCCUAGAGUCGCUCAAUGACGCGGGAGAGGAGAUUCUAGACAACCAGCCCGUGAUGGAUACUCUUGAGAGAGUGAAGAAGCAGGCGGAGUAUGUCACCUCCCAGAUCAACGAGGCCGAGGCUGCCAUGGAAGCUGUAGCAGCAGCCACAGCAGAAUUUGAGCCGAUAGCGCUACACAGCGGCCGUCUCUUUUCAUUGAUCGAUGAGCUGAAAGCGGUGCAUCAUUUCUAUCAAUUCCCAUUGGAGUUCUUCCUUGAUGUACUCGCGAAAAUUCAACCAACUGCAGAAACUAUAUCUGAACUCUACCAUGAGGUUUAUAGGCAGGUUGGGCCUGCUUUGAGACAGGUUGAUCGUCCCGCAUUCGCGGCCCUAUUAUUGUCGCUGUUCACUGACAGCGAAGUUGGUGUUGCCGAACUUGAAUCCAGCACUGAGUUGGGUACUUUUGAGCGACUUUCAGCCGAAACAUCAUGGUUGGAAGCAAUCAAGAAGGCCACACGCCCUGUGCUGUUUGGGAUGUCUGGUGCUGAUCCUACACUUCAGGUAUGUCGACUUGCAGAAGCUUGUCAAGUUGAUUGUGUGGUACUUAGUCUGGGCUCUAUCCAGAGUACAAGUAUCCUAGACAAUGCUAUCCAGAGGGCAGCGAGUCAGGGGCAGUGGCUGUUGUUGCAAAAUGUUCAUCUUGAUGCCAAAGCGACAUCAUUGGUUGUGAAUCUGCCAGCAACUCCCCACUCAUCUUUCCGUCUCUUGAUGACAUCGAACAUAUCUAGUACACUUGCAGCUCCAUUCCUCCGGAGAUGUCACCUUCUCUGCGUCGAAAGACCUGAAACGGUUACAAUGGGUGUUUCCGAAGCCCUGGCCUUUGCUGGUAAGGGGAUCAGCCAGCCACCAGCAGAAAGGGCAAAGAUAUACCUUUCUGUUUGUUGGCUGCAUGCGGUUGUUGUCGAAAGGUGGGCAGAUCAGUAUUCCUUCAGCGAUGCGGACCUCCAGGCUGCGCUCUGGACUGUUGAUCAAUGGGUCCCGAAGACAACUAGAUCCAACGUUGACCCUGCAUCGCUUCCCUGGGAUAUUUUGCGGGAUUUGAUUUUCUCUGCUGUGUAUGCGGCAAAGAUGGAUGGUGCGGACGAUCGCGAGGGCUUGAGGGCGCUAGUUGAUAAGCACCUAACUGUCGAACUGUUUGAGGUUGGAUUCAGAUUCUGCGACGAUGUGCAAGUCCCAGAGUACGACAAUCAGUUGUCGGAAUGGGUAUCUGGUUUACCUACGAAACACAGACCAAGUUGGCUGGGGUUGAGCGAAGAGGUGCAAGACAAGCGCAACGAGGACAAUUAUGCUGUGACGGUUGCGACCGCAGAGACACUACGUAGAAAUCUUGGAAUUUAG